AGAACUGAGAAACACAAGUGUUUUUUCUUCACUUCAUACGCAUUCGCUAGUAUUGGCUGAGGACGCUAAUGGCGUGCAAAAUGAAGAACGCAGUUCUUGUGCUCCUCUUUGUUCUUCCUCUUGCGCUGGCUGAUUUGAGGGUCGGCUUCUACAGCUCCACCUGUCCGCAAGCAGAAUCCAUCGUGCGGCAAGUUGUUCAGAAGAGAUUCGGAACCGAUCGAUCGAUCACGGCCGCCUUGCUUCGCAUGCAUUUUCACGAUUGUUUCGUGAGGGGCUGUGAUGCAUCCAUCCUCAUCGACUCCACCACCAAGAAGCCAUCGGAGAAAUCCGCGGGGCCGAACUUCUCCGUGCGAGGAUUCGACAUAAUCGACGAAGCCAAGAAGAGCCUUGAGGCUGCAUGCCCGUCAACUGUGUCUUGCGCUGACAUUGUCACGCUAGCAACUCGAGACUCCGUGUUCCUCGCCGGAGGCCCCAGCUACAAUGUCUCUACGGGAAGGCGGGACGGUCUGGUUUCAAACCCGAAUGAAGUGAACUUGCCGGGACCCUCAUUCACGGUAUCUGAGGCGCUACAAGCUUUCACUGCAAAAGGGUUUACCCUCACAGAAAUGGUGACUCUUCUGGGCGCCCACUCCGUUGGAGUCGCUCACUGCAGCUUGUUCCAAGACCGCCUUUCAAAUUUCCAAGGCACUGGAGCUCCGGAUCCAACGAUGGACUCGAGCUUGGUCGCGAAGCUGAAGGGAAUUUGUGGGGACUCGACGAGCAACGACCCGACUGCUUUUUUGGACCAGAGCACGUCGUUCAUUAUGGAUAACCAGUUCUACAGACAAAUUAUGCAGAAGAAAGGGGUGUUACAAAUCGACCAGGAGCUUGCCGUGGACAAAUCUAGCGCCGGCAUCGUUUCUCGGUUUGCGUCGGAUGCGGACAGUUUCAAGAAUAGCUUCGCGAGUGCGAUGGUGAAGCUGGGAAAUAUUCAGGUUCUCACUGGGAAUGCUGGAGAGAUCAGGAGGAAUUGCAGGGUUUUCAAUCAGCCCAAGUGAAUUAAUGACAUGUCCCUAUAGGGGGAAUACUUUCUUCACUUGAUUAAAUUUUGUGAAGAAUUCUUUGUAUGUCACUUCAUUAUUUUACUUGACGAGCAUUUCAGCAAGGGAAUGUAUUGUCAUUGAAUUUCAUUGUGGGUCAAGUACUGAUUUUGAAUAAUGAGCUUAUAUUAAAAGUC